CUGUCUGCGCAUCGGUGUGGGUAGCUAAUUGGGCGGCAAACGCGCGGCACAAACCGCAUUGCGUCGCCGUCGUUGUUGUCAUCGCAAGUGAGGUGCUCAGAGCUCAGGUCCCAGAACCACCGCCAAAUAGCACUAUUCGUAUCACUGCUUACCGCUAAAGGUUGCGCGCGGGCCACAGCCACAAUCGUUCCACGGAUGACAGCACCACAUUCACAUCCACAUCCAGAUCCAGAUCCAGACCAAAGUUUUCCAUUUUGCGCGCCACUUUUCUGGCCGCCCAGAUUGGAGUAGCAAGUAGUAGUGACCCCAAAACACCUGGACACGCCGUGCAAGUGAUAACUUUUGAAAAACAACGAAACGAAACAAAACACAAGCGAGCUGAAUUCAAGUGAUAAAUAAGAUAAAACGCUGGAACAAAGCCCAAGAAGUACCCAAGAGAACUCAAUUUGAUGGUCUGCAAAACUAUCUCAACGAGUGUGAAAAUGCAGCUGAAGAUGGAACAGCAGACAACGCAGCAGCAGCAGCAGCAGCAACAAUUGCAACAGCAACAGCAACAGCAGGCCGUUCUGACCAAACAACAGCUCCAAUUGCUGGACAAGAUCAAGCUCGAGUCCAGCAACGGUGCCGAGCAGCUGUCCCAGCAGAGUGCCAGCAAUCUGGAGGAGCAACAGGAGCAGCAGCAGCAGCAGCAACCUGCUACAUCGGUGGGCGUGGUGGUGCAGACCAGCCAGGCGGGGAUCAGCGAGCCGGAAGAGCAGUACGUGGUGGUGCCGCGUGGCAACCAGCGGAGAAUUCUCACCACAGCGGGCACACUUGAACUAAACGAAGCUCGCGAGGGAGAGCCCAGUACAAACGCCAGCAACGCGAGCUCAGGAUCUGCUCCGGAUAGCCACAUCGAGUACCAGCGCAGUGCGCACCACUCACCCGGAGCCACCCACUACGUGCAGAUGGCACCGCGAAAUGCGGAGGUCCCGGAGCAGGUGGGAACCGCAGCCGGAGCACCACCGGGUGCCAUAUUCGCCUAUCCCUCGGGGCAGAUCAUCUGCAGCGGCGACGAUGUGACGGCCAUUAAAAUAGAGACCAUCGAGAAGGGCGAGGCGGCGGGAGGGGACUCACAGCAGCAGCAACAGCAACUGCAGCAACACCAGCAACAGCAGCAGCAGCAGCAACAGCAAUGUCCCACGCCCAAUGGCGGCAGCUACGGCGAGACCAUAGUGAUUAGCGGCGGGGCGGAGGCACUGCAGCAUCACCACCAGCAGCAGCAGCACCAGCAGCACCAGCACCAGCAGCACCAACACCAUCAGCAUCAGGUUGCCGCUGCAGCGGCGGCGGCCUCGGCCCAGGCGGUCCACAUUGCCACAAGUUCGCAUGGCGGCACCGUGCGCUUCGUCACGGAGGACGGACGCUUCACCACCGCCGGACCGGAGACGUCCGCCUCGAAUCUGUACUACGAUGCGCCGGUGGUGGAUGGCAGUGUGCACGCCAACGAGUCCAAGACGUACGCCGACCUGGGCAACGCCUACACCCCGUUCCCGCCCAGCUCCAGCUUCAGCGGCAACAGCUAUGCGGCCGCUCUGCAGCCGGGCAACACCAUCUACAGUGUGCCGGGCACCGGGCAGUUCCUGGCCAAGUCCGAGUCCGGCCUUAACCAGCUGCGCCAGGCCGGACCGGCCACCUUCCAGACGAUAUCCUUUAACGACAGCGGCAACGGCAUCGAAACCUUGUGGACGUCACCCGCCCCACCGGAGUACCAGAAUGUGCCCUUCAGCAACUUCCACCCCCAAGUUAUUGAUGAGUACGCCACCGGGAACAUGUCCACCACCCACUGGUCGCCCGCCGGGAGCAUCGGUCAGUACGACGGCAGCUUGGUGACGACCUCGUCCACCUCGUCGCCCAACCACGAGCUCAAGUGCGAGAGCUGCCACUCGCCGCUGAUGCGCAAGGGCUCCGAGCUCUUCUGCACCAACUGCUCGCCCUUCAUGCGGAUGGCGCAGCGCAUGCCCCAGCGGCAGGCGAAGCCCAAGGCCGCCGCCGCCCCCAACAACCGGCGCAACGGGGUCACCUGCGCCAACUGCCAGACCAACUCGACCACCUUGUGGCGGCGCAACAACGAGGGCAAUCCCGUGUGCAACGCCUGCGGGCUGUACUUUAAGCUGCACAACAUGAACCGACCGCUCUCGAUGAAGAAGGAGGGCAUCCAGAAGCGCAAGCGCAAGCCAAAGAACAACGGAGGGGCGCCCAUGCACCGGGCACCGCUGCCAAGCAUGUCGCAGGGAGUCAACCUGAUGGCGAACAGUCCGCUCUACCCGUCGCAAGUGCCGGUGAGCAUGCUGAGUGGCCAGCAGAACGCCAGUCCGGAGCUGCACGACAUGUCGACGACGGGUCCGGCGGGUGGGCCCCGGGUGGUGGCCAUCGCCCUGAGCUCCUCGGCCCCGCCCACCUCCGACGGCACGCUCAACAUGUCCGCUCGUCACCACGUGACAAGUGAGAGCCAAUCGCCCUACAGCCAGCAGUCGACGCCGCAAAGCCAGUCACCGCAUCUGCCCAACACGGUGGCGAUAAACCGCCAGAUAGUCCAACCAGUACCCACCAUCGAAAGCGGUCGCAGUUCCAACAGCGAGCUGACCCCCAGCGUAAUCACGCGCACUGGACUCCCAGAGCGAUCAUCGAAUAACUAAGCUAACUUUCUAACUAACCUUAACUUAGCUACAAACUAAUGUAAUCUAACGUAAUCCUUACCAAAAUGUCAAAAUUGCCAAAAUAUUUAUUUAAGCCCCACCCCCCUAGCCAUAUAGGAUGUAUAGAGCCAAGACCAAUGUCCCAGUUAGAGGAAUUCUUGACCGUCUUCCUCCCUUUUAGUCAACUGCUUGCAGCAAUUAUGUAGUUUGAAAUGAUUUGUGCCAACCACUUAGGAUCACUGCGGAUCGCAGCGCUGUACUCUAGAGGUAGUUUAGCGAAAAACAGCACAACAACAGCCCAUAAAGAAGCCUACGAUUUUGUAUGUUUAAGCCUCUUUUUUAAUUCAACAAAAUAAAUAAGUUGUAAACGCAA